AUGAUGAUGCCUCGACCCAUGCCGGUUCAGCCUCCCAACGACGUGAUUCCACCUGAGCUACGGCGCAAGCGUCUUGUUGAGCGUUCAGAUCUUCGCAACGAGCGUAUGACCGAUGCCGAUGCACGCGAAGCUUUGUCCGAGUAUGUCGUAUACCGGUUCGAAAAGGUCAAUGACCCAAACGAGAUUGACGACGAAGGAAACCCCGUCAAAUCGACCUGGGAGAAUGUUAUCCGCACAGAGGUCCAAGACCUCUCUAAGCCGGCCAUAACCCGAACCAUCCGUCAACUUGAUGCUGAGGGCAAGACGGCAAUGCAGAAGAAGCUCGACCUCACAGGGACGCAGCAGCGUCAGAUCGAAAAGGCGCAAAACAAUCUCGACGCACACAACCUUGACAGGCGGUUCUAUUACACUCUGCAACAGAUCAGCACUAAGAUCAGGAAGCUCAGCAAGGACUCCAUUGAGUACCGUCAAUACAUGGCCGGGAGAAAGGCCAAGAAGGUCGUGAUAACCAAGUAUAUUUCAAACGAGAGCCGCGCUUCGGCGAGGAUGCAAAGGCCAUUCUCAAAGAGAGGGAACGGGAGAUUGAACAUCAACAACGCCUACGUGAUCAACAGCGGCAGCACCAUCUUGAUCAUCAAUUAUUUGCACGACAGCAAGGUCAUGAGUUGGCGAUGCGACAGCAGCAUGAAGAAUUUCAGCGACUUCACCCGCAACCAGUGGUUUUACCACCUCGCCCUCCGUUCCCGUUGCCGAAACCUGGCAAAGAGAAAGCCGACGUCAAAGUCAUCAAGACAGAGAAGGUUGGAGCGGAUCGGACCGUACGCCGAGUACAUCCGUCACUGGGUCCUCGGACUCCGGCAGACAUAA